GUCUUCCGGCCGUAAACUUAGGAGUAAAGAAGAAAGUUACAUUAUGAACAAACUUCUGUUCCUAGUGCUGUGCGGCGUCUCCCUAGCGGUCACGAAUGCACGCAAUCUGAGGAAAAUCGUGGGAGGAUUCCAGAUCGAAAUAACCGAGGUGCCGUACCAGGUGUCAUUGCAGGUUGAAGGUGAUCAUGACUGUGGAGGAUCGAUCAUCGCUCCUCAGUGGGUUCUGACGGCUGCUCAUUGUUUCGCCGGAAGUCAAGACCCCAGUAUGUACACCGUUCGAGUUGGAUCUACAAAUCGAACAAGUGGUGGACAGCUCAUCCCAGUGGAAAAGGUGAUUCUACAUGAACGCUAUGACUCUAGCGUGCCUAACUACGACAUUGCUCUGCUAAAGUUGGGUGAAUCGAUGGAAUACAGCGAUUCCGUCAAGGCGAUCGAACUAGCUGCCGCGGAUGAAGUGAUCCAAGAUGGAUCCGAAUCGAUCGUUUCCGGCUGGGGAGACACCAAGAAUGACGACGAGAACGAUGAGCUGCUGCGGGCUAUAAAAGUUCCGACUGUCAACCAGCAGGAGUGCAUCGAGGCACUGGCAAAAGUUAACAAAUUGGUAACGGAACAAAUGAUUUGCGCCGGAUACAAAGCGGGAGGUAAAGACGCAUGCCAGAGAGACUCCGGCGGCCCACUGGCCAUCGAAGGACGUUUAGUGGGAGUUGUGUCCUGGGGUGAAGGUUGCGCCGAGCCCGAAUUGCCGGGUGUGUACGCCAGAGUUUCGGCUGCUCGUGAAUGGAUCCGAGAAAAGACGCAGGUUUAGGGUCGAAGGAUUUCAAUAAAUUUAUUUAAUCUUUUUAUACAUAACUUUUUUUUAUUGGGGAUAGCAUUAUUGAUUCAGUGAAACAAUAUCAUUUUAAU